CUGGGGAAUUGCCGGAAAGAGCAAACAAAAAAGGCGCUGGUGUAGGCUCCAAAAUAAACACAUCUGAAUUCAUGAUGGCAUCGGCAGAGGCUCUUAUUGGAUUAAAAGUUUCAAAACAAACAAUAACGCUUUGGAAAAAGCAGGGUUGAAUGCACCCUCAGGCACGACCAUGGAGAAAGGUGGGAACAUACAAUUGGAGAUUCCUGACUUCAGCAACUCUGUCCUGAGCCAUCUAAACCAGUUGCGCAUGCAGGGCCGUCUCUGUGAUAUUGUGGUCAAUGUGCAAGGACAAGCUUUUCGGGCUCACAAAGUGGUACUGGCUGCCAGCUCCCCCUAUUUCCGGGAUCACAUGUCGUUGAAUGAGAUGAGUACUGUCUCCAUUUCAGUCAUCAAGAACCCUACUGUUUUUGAACAGCUCCUUUCUUUCUGUUACACAGGGCGGAUAUGCCUGCAACUGGCAGAUAUCAUCAGCUACCUAACAGCUGCCAGUUUUCUGCAAAUGCAGCAUAUUAUAGACAAAUGUACACAGAUCCUGGAGGGCAUUCAUUUCAAAAUUAAUGUGGCUGAGGUCGAAGCAGAAUUAAGUCAAACAAGGACAAAGCAUCAAGAGAGACCUCCAGAGUCUCACAGGGUUACCCCAAAUCUCAGCCACUCCCUUAGCCCACGACAUAAUACCCCAAAGGGAAACCGGCGAGGUCAGGUUAGUGCUGUGAUGGAUAUCAGAGAGCUAAGUCCUCCAGAGGAGUCCACCAGCCCUCAGAUCAUUGAACCAAGUUCUGAUGUAGAGAGCCGGGAGCCCAUUCUUCGGAUCAACCGAGCAGGACAGUGGUAUGUGGAGACAGGAGUAGCAGACCGUGGGGGUCGGAGUGAUGAUGAAGUUAGAGUUCUUGGAGCAGUACACAUCAAAACUGAAAAUCUGGAGGAGUGGCUUGGGCCUGAGAAUCAGCCUUCUGGAGAAGAUGGGAGUAGUGCAGAGGAGGUCACGGCCAUGGUGAUUGACACCACAGGCCAUGGUUCUGUAGGACAGGAAAAUUACACUUUAGGGUCUUCAGGAGCCAAGGUGGCUCGGCCAACAAGCAGUGAAAUUGACAGAUUUAGCCCCUCCGGCAGUGUUGUUCCCUUGACAGAGAGACACAGAGCCAGAAGUGAGUCUCCUGGGAGAAUGGAUGAGCCUAAGCAACCCAGCUCCCAGGUAGAAGAGUCAGCAAUGAUGGGAGUAAGUGGCUAUGUGGAGUAUCUCCGAGAACAGGAAGUAUCUGAGCGGUGGUUCCGGUACAACCCUCGUCUCACCUGCAUCUACUGCGCCAAAUCUUUCAACCAGAAGGGAAGCCUGGACCGCCACAUGCGCCUACACAUGGGGAUCACACCAUUCGUCUGCCGCAUGUGUGGCAAGAAGUAUACCCGGAAAGAUCAGCUGGAGUAUCAUAUCCGCAAGCACACAGGCAACAAGCCCUUUCACUGUCAUGUUUGUGGCAAAAGUUUCCCCUUCCAGGCCAUCUUGAAUCAGCACUUUCGCAAAAACCACCCUGGCUGUAUACCCCUGGAGGGGCCUCACAGCAUCUCCCCUGAAACAACUGUCACAUCUCGAGGACAAGCUGAGGAAGAGUCACCUUCACAGGAAGAGACAGUUGCUCCUGGGGAAGCUGUCCAGGGCUCUGUGUCCACCACUGGGCCAGAUUGAAACAUCGAGGGGGAGGGGGCUGACCCUCUUCCCCUUUGAGUCGUAAGCAGCCAGCAUCAGGGCCAUGGGCUGAUACUUUAGACUUACAAAAUGCCAUGUCACUAGGCCAGAAGGCACUCCCAAGAUGUUGCCAAACUAGAGGAUUAGCAACAUACACAAAAGCACUAAAGGCUCUUCCCUUCUUAUUUCCCGCUCAUACUUUGGAAAAUAAUCAAGCAAAUCAACUUUCUAAUUCAGGGAUCAACAGCCUUGGUUUGUUAACUUUAUAAGGAAAAAAGCUUUUUUAACAAAACGAUGAUAAAUGGUCAUUUAUCUACCAGUCAUAUUUGAACACUGUACUUUGGUCCAUAUCAUCUUGGUGGCUAUAAUUGCCCAGAUCUAAAAAAUGCAGCAGGAGCCUCGACCAUCGGAAGCAGCCAUCCACAAGAGAGAAGGAGGUAGUCAUGAUGGUGAUGAAGAGGAGAAAUUUCUCCUCUUCCUUCCCUGCCAUAACAUGCAUUUUUGCGUUUCAAGAAAAAAAUGAAUGCUGGUGGUUCUUAUUUUGAAAGGUUAGACUUUAUCUUUGCCCUGACUAGGCAUCUAAUACUUUGCCUAGUUAUUUCAUAUAUUCAGCCAUCUUGAAAGCAGUAUUCUAGUGGACAGCAUCACCUGAAGCACUUGGCAACUGGAAGGGAAAUGAGCAACAAAGCAUAUGCAAUAGGUACUGCUACAUUGGGGGCUUUAGCGUUGUGUUGAGGAAGAGAAGAGCAGGGAGGGAAGUGUUUUUAUGUUUUGCAAAUAUCAAACAGCACAGAGCCGUACUGCAAAUUCCUGACUGGUAUUUGUAAACCAUAGUGCUACACAUCCUUGAGUAAUGGCUCUAGUUCAGGUGAAUUAAUGUGUUAGGCUGACUACCAAAGUUUCAUCUAAUCUCUUUGGCUCCUAUUUUCACAUUCAGCAAUAUUGUACAUCAAAAAUGUCACUUUCCAGUGAAAUGAGCCUGGAUUGUAUUUUUAAAUCCACAGGUCUCCAUUAUUUGAUAACUUUUAUAUGAAGUUUUAAACAUGUUUUUUCUGCAGUAUUGUGGUUGAAGAAAUUCAACGCUAUGGUUCUUAUUGCAACCACAAUUUCAUUUCCUUAUACAUAUGUAAUAGUUUAUAUUUUCAGGCAUAUAGAAGAACCUCACUUAAACCUAUGUCUCGGGUCUGCAAACCUAGUAAUUCAUAAACCAACCAUCAGCAAAUAGCUGGUGACUCUAAGAGCUUUGCUUUUUAAUAAUAUACUACAGGGCACUUAUCAGAAAACAUCAUGCAGACUCAUGUUGCAAUAAAUGAUCAAAGGAUCAGUUUUGAUCAGGUUUAGUUACUUAGUCAUUCCUAAGAUUUUUAAAACUUCAAGGGACCUUUUUAGUAAUUCUGGGUAUUUCUAAGAUUCUUAAUCCAGCAUUGAAAGAACUUACCGAACAUGUAGAACUUUAGAUACCUUGUCUUGCAUGCAGUGAGAGAAGGAGGAAUAUUAAGGGAUGCAGGCAAAUAGAUGCUUAUAACUUACAGUGCAAGUUGAAAAACCUCUAGCUUCUCUUGAUGGAGCACUAGCUGUUGGGUUUCUUUUAAGUAUUUAAGUAUGUAAUGGUUUAAGGAAUUGUUUCAAUGCAGAGGCAUAGAUGAUUGUAAAAGAGUUUUGGGAGAGGGGCAGGUCAUACCUGCACUAGUAAACCAUUUGUGAGAAUGUUAGUCAUGUGCUCUUUUCCUGAGAUUGCUGUGUGGUAUGUGAAAAGGUGUGGUAUGUGAAAAGAAUGAAAUUUCUUUGUGAUAAGAAAUUAGGAUGCAAAUGGUAGAUCUUAAGCAAUCUGAGAAUUGCACAUGUACAUAAAGCUGCACCCUCUCUCAAGAGAAAGGUUAUUUUCUCUUCUGAAAAAGCAUAGAAAUGCAUCUUUUAUGGGAAGAUAAUGAUGCUACCAUUUAAUAAGAGCCUACCCUUAAAGGCAGCAUUGAAACUGUAUUUCAUCUUUAGAAGACAUAGACUGGUGCAUCCUCCUCUUUAGUUGGGCAACAGCAUGAUAGGGUAAAAUCUGUCUUCUAAAGCCAUCUUUAGGGACUGGCUAUGCUCGUUGGCAUAGAAAAGGUAAAAUUGAAUUAGACUAAAAUCCUUAGGGAAACAACUGGUAAUAAGGUUUUCAGUGGACAGAGUUUGCCAUUACUAAAUAGGCAGUGAGGUAAGAAGUACAGAUUAUGCUGCUUUGGAUGGAGCUUUUAAGCUUACCAAAAAAAACUUCAAGUCCAUCCUACUUUUGAGAAAUAGUAUGCUAGAAAGUUCUUCUUUUCUUGUUUAUAUUUUUUUAGACAAUGUCUCACUCUUAAUCUCCCAAACCGGAAUGCAGUGGUGCAAUCAUAGCCCACUGUAAUCUUGAACUCCUGGGCUCAAGCGAUUGACCUGCCUCAGCCUCCAGGUAGCUAGAACUAUAGGCAUGCACCACCAUGUCCAGGCUAAUUUUUAAAUUUUUUUAUAGCGACAAGUGUCUCUACAAAAUUUGCUUAGGCUGGUCUUGAACUCCUGGCAUCAAGUAAUCCUCCCACCUUGACCUCCCAAAGUACUAGGAUUACAAGUAUGAGCCAGUGAACUUGGCCUGGAAAGUUCUUUGUUGCUUUGUUAGUUCCUUAGAUUAUAUGUGAGAAAUGGAGCUUUUUAAACUAUUACCAAAUUUUAAAGGUGAAGUGCAGUAAUUUAUGUAAAGAGAAACUUUGCAACAUUUGUCAAUUAUCCAUCAAGGGUUAGCAACAAACGAGGUAGGGACUGUCUCAUUCAUGUGGAAAUGCUAUGAAUGUUUGGUGGGUUUCCCCUCCCUUUUCAUUCGCUUUAAAUGACUUUUUCCUAUAUUGAUACUGUGAAUAGGGUGCUUCCUGGUCAUCUAGGACCACUUCAGCACAAUCAUGUUUGCUGGUUCUCUCCUAAUUGGCCGAGCCAGAGCCAUGAAAAUUUAAAGCAGGCUAGCUGUUAAACAAAUUAAAACUUUUGAAGACAAUUUCCCCAUUUUAAUUAGAAGAGAUAUCAUUAUUCUAAAUAACUGUCCCAGAUUCUUACCCAGGUUCACUGUGACAUUGUCCUAGUUCUUAGCUAGCAACACUGAUGGAUCAGUCAUAGGAGUUACUGAUGUUCUAUCUACAUUAAUGAAUACCUAUGUUGGUGUGUGUACAGAGGAUACCUCUUUAGGAUGUUCUAAAUGGACUUUGGCUGAUGCUGAAAAUUCAUUACCAAAUCUUAACUUGCACGUGUUACCUUGUGAGGGGAACUACAUUAGCAAUGAGAGCUAAAUCAUCAUGAAGUACUUUAAUGCCAAGAAACUGCAAACACUGGGACUGUUUUCAUUUAUUGAGUGGCAUUUAAGUAGCAAAGGAGCUAUCCAGUAUUCUCAGCAAAGAAGAGAGAUAGAAGUAUAUUAAUCUGUUUGCAUUAUAAGAUAUACCUUUAUUCUUUCCAAACUCUAAUACCAGUAUAAAAUAUAGCAUUGGCAUGAACAGUUAAUGCUGUACUUAGGCAGAAAGGCUCUUUCUAAUGACUUGUUCUCUUUGCUCAGAACCGUAUUUACCUCUGAACCAAGUUGAAUUUUAUUUUAUUCAAGUUGCAAACCACCCCAUGCCAUUUUUAUUAUACUAGAGGGUUAAAUCCAAUCUCAACUACAUAAAGGUAAAUUAGUUCAUAAAGGAACAUUUUUAUUUUUGUCGUUUUUUAAAAUGUUUUCAGUUCUUUCUACAUCAGUGAAACAGGGUUUUUCAAAGAUGGUAUGAAGAUAGAAAAAACUUUAUCCUCACAGCUUCAUAGCUGACAUCUGGCAUUGGUUGGAAUUGGUCUGGUGGCAGGGUGAAAUAGAGAACUUCAUUUUUUUCCCCCCUCCUUAAAGGCAGGGUCUCACUAUGUUGCCCAGGCUAGUCUCAAAUUCCUGGGCUCAGGUAGUCCUCCUGCCUCAGCCUCCCGAGGCACUAUAGGCAGAUGACUACACCUGGCUGUAAAUGUCAUUCUUAAUAGCUGAAUAAUCUUUGGUCAAGAAAUAACUUUUUUAGAGUUUUAGCUGUUACUUGAAAUUAACUGUUUGUUUGUUUUUGUUUUUGUUUUUGUUUUUUGAGAUGGAGUCUCACUCUACUGCCCAGGCUGGAGUGCAGUGGGACGAUCUCAAUCUCAGCUCACUACAACCUCCGCCCCCCUGGGUUCAAGUAGUUCUCCUGCCUCAGCCUCUCAAACAGCUGGGAUUACAUGCGCUUGCCACUGUGUCUGGCUAAGUUUUGCAUUUUUAGGAGAGACGGGGAUUUCACCAUCUUGGCCAGGCUGGUCUUGAACUCCUGACCCCGUGAUCCACUCGCCUCGGCCUCCCAAAGUGCUGGGAUUACAGGCGUGAGCCACCGCGCCCAGCCAGUUGUGUUUCUUUUUAACUGGUGAAAAUUAGAUAUAUUUUGAUUGACUAGAUGAUCUAACUUAAAUGAAAGUAGUAGAUAAUGGAAAGGAAAUUGAACAAAGACAAAAGUCUUCUUCAUCAUGGUGGAAAGGCAUUUAAUCAGGAAGAAGGUGGAAUCCUGAAGUUUUUUUUCAGGUACAGCAGGCAUGAUUUUUCUCUUCCUCAAAUGUUCUUCCCCUUAUCAGUGUACUUAUUUGUUCAAGGAAUAACAAAUGAGUCUUUAUUGAACUCAGUCUUUGGAAAUUGAGCUCUUUAUUUAGGCUAUAUGUGAAAGAGUUUAAAAUAUUGAAAUAUUUUGGUUGCUAAGCAGGUUUAGAAAGAAACAAUUGUCAGGCAAAUCCCUAAGUUUGAGAAGAUACCCUCAGCAAAAUACACCCCUAGGACUUAGGAAUUAGAUCAGGGGUCAGCAAACAAUAGUUACUAAGCCAAAUGCUGAGGCUACUUGCUUGUGUAAAGAAAAUUAUAAUGGAAUAGGGCCACACUUAGUCAUUUAGGUAUUGUUUAUGGCUUCUUUCUAAUGGCAAAGUUGAGUACUUGUGACAGAGAUCCCAUGACCUGCAAAGCUUGAAAAUAUUUAAUGUCUGGUACUUGUUAGAAAAAAUUUGCCAACUCCCAAGAAACAAUUACCUCCUCAAUUUGUCACUUGUGAUGUUUUGCCUUUAUAAUCAUUUGGUUGAGGUUUUAAAUUCAUGUUGUCAUAUAUGCAUAUUUCUUGAAAAAGUUUGCCAACUUUUUCUAGAUCUCUUCUCAUAGCUCUUUCUGUGCUCCUUCAUGGUUCCUAUUGCUUAAAAACAUUUAGAAUUGGCCUUAUGGUUUGUUCUUGCCUUAAUGGUGCAGGUAUUUUAAAGUUGAGUUAUAAGUAAGUUUUGCCAUUCCUUUGAGUUAACUCGAACUGGAUUAAAAAUUAAUUAAGAAUAAGUAUUUUGAUUCGUAUCCAAAGUACUAUUUUUCUAAAUUAGAACCCCUACCUUUUCCCUUUACGACGUAUCUUAAUUUUAACUUCUUAAACUUACUCUCUCCCAUGUAGAGUAGUAAAAAGCCAAGUUUUUCUCCCUUUUUCCUGGAUGUUUUAAAACAUAAUGAAACAGGCCGGGUGCGGUGGCUCAAGCCUGUAAUCCCAGCACUUUGGGAGGCCAAGGCGGGUGGAUCACGAGGUCAACAGAUUGAGACCAUCCUGGUCAACAUGGUGAAACCCCGUCUCUACUAAAAACACAAAAAAUUAGCUGGGCAUGGUGGCGCGUGCCUGUAAUCCCAGCUACUCAGGAGGCUGAGGCAGGAGAAUUGCCUGAACCCAGGAGGCGGAGGUUGCGGAGAGCCGAGAUCACGCCAUUGCACUCCAGCCUGGGUAACAAGAGCGAAACUCCGUCUCAAAAAUAAAUAAAUAAAUAAAUAAUAAAACAUCUGAGGAUUUCAAAUUACUUUUAGACCUAUCUUCCCAUUUAUGUUAUUGUCUAAUUCUUCUAAAUAUGUAUUGGAACAUUACAUAUUUGAUUUAUGAAUGUUCAUUCUUAGUGUUCAAAUAGCUUACUUAUACUCGAUGUGGGAAAAAUGGGAACUGUUAGGGUGAUGAUAAACAGAAAUCCUUGCAGGAAGCUGAGUGAGAUGGCAGACACCUGUAAUCCCAGCUACUUGGGAGACUUGAGUUGAGAGGACCACUUGAGGCCAGGAUUUUGAGCACCAGCCUGGGCAACAUAGACCUCAUCUCUAAAACAAAAAACCAAAUCCUUGCAAGAGGAGAGAAUAAUUGCUUCCCAUUUGGAAAUGAUAUAUGGGCUUUUGAAUUAAAUCUAUCUUAUAUAUCCUCUGAGUAAUAGAUAAUUCAUCUGUAAGGUUCUAGAAUAUUUGCCUAGGGUAGAUCUGCCUUGGCUUAGAGCAUUUAUACCUAUAGUAACAGUAGGUUUUUGAGAUUUGGGAGUAUUACUUUUCUGAUUAACCUGGGAUUCUGAUUAAUCUGGAAUGAGGACUUGUGAAAGAAAUUGGAUUUUGUUAGCCCACUGAAUCAUCUGCAUCCUACUCUAUUUGAGGUCUUAGUAAUAGAUGUCAAUUUAAAUAUGAAUCUAUUGAAAGCAGUGGAGUUUUCCAAGCUUUAUGACUUCCUUGAUAAUUUUCAGUCUUUUUUUUUUUUUUUUUGAGACGGAGUUUUGCUCUUGUUACCCAGGCUGGAGUGCAAUGGCAUGAUCUCGGCUCACUGCAAUAUCCGCCUCCUGGGUUCAAGCAAUUCUCCUGCCUCAGCCUCCCGAGUAGCUGGGAGUACAGGUGUGCGCCACCAUGCCCAGCUAAUUUUUUUUAUUUUUAGUGGAGACGGGGUUUCACCUUGUUGACCAAGGUGGUCUUGAUCUCUUGACCUUGUGAUCCACCCGCCUCGGCUUCCCAAAGUGCUGGGAGUAUAGGCGUGAGCCACCGCGCCCAGCCAAUUUUCGGUCUUUUUUCUUAUUUUCUAGUCUCUUUCCCUAUUUUUAGUCUUCUUCCUCUUAAAUGAUGCUUUUCCCAGGGCCAGUCUUUUUACUUUCUAGGCAAGCAGGCUUUUUUGUUCAGGAUAAGCCAGAGUUAGAUAUUAUGAAUAUUUUGAAAUAUCUGAAUAUGUUACAUUCCAAAGUAUGUAAUUAUUGAUAAAAGUAGUAAUAUCAAAACCUGAAAGAUAUUGGUGCAGAUUAUCCAGUUUUGUUGUGGAGACAGACUAUCUUUCUCCACAACUGUGACACACAGCAGUGACUUGAGAAGGCAAAUAUUACUUGAAAUCCACAUUAUCUUUACAGAGGGUACAUAUGUAAAUAAAAUUCUUACCUGACAUUUUUCCCAUUAUCAAUAUAUUAGUACCUUGUAUCUUAACAUAGAUAAAGCCCAUUAGCUCAAAAAUACUGGAAGCUUGAAACAACAAAAUAAGUUACAAAGGCAAAGCAGUUAAUAAAAAAAACUUUUCUAUUUCCUGUUUCUUUUAUGUCUACUCAAUAGGUCCUGUUCAGGGGGCUAGAAUACACCAUCCUGUUAAGACAGGUGUUUUUUGUUGUUUUGUUUUGUUUGAGACAGAGUCUUGCUCUGUCGCCCAGGCUGGAGUGCAGUGGCACAAUCUCUACUUCCUUGGUUCAAGCAAUUCUCAUGCCUCAGCCUCCUGAGAAGCUGGUAUUACAGGUGUAUGCCACCAGGCCUGGCUAAUUUUUGUAUUUUUUGUUGAAACAGGGUUUCGCCAUAUUGGCCACACUGGUCUCAAACUCCUGGCCUCAAGUGAUUCUCCCGCCUCGGCCUCCCAAAGUCCUGCACUUAGAGACAUGAGCCACUGUGCCUGGCCCCAGUUAAGAGAGUUUUAUGUCCAGGAUCUCAUAUGGGCUCCACCACAAGUUAAUAUACUGUGAAUCUUAGGAUCUCAGUUAAUCCAUAAUGCCAGGAGUUAAAGUAUUUCAUAGGAACAUGUUUUCUCUUCUAUGAAAUCACCUGUCUGCAGUGAUAGGUAAUGUAUAGGAGAAUCUGUUUCAUUAGGUAAAGAUUAAGUACUUUUUGAUACCAGACAACAAGCUUGGAAUUUGUAUAAUAAAACUGGCUUUAGAUAUAGUUCAGACAUGAUGUGUCUUCCUGCACUUGAGAGUCCUAAACCCAUUUGGUUGGCGUCUGAGAUGUAUUGCUUUUGAAAAGCCUGCACUUUUUACUAUAGAGAUAAAAGAUCAAAAAGGGGACAGAAUUAGCUGUAUUAAGUGUUUUACUGUCAUAACUGCAGUUAAUACAAUAAUACUAUGAGAUAAUAACAGUAGUGUUAAAAAUAACUUUUUGAAUGCUUACUAUGUGCCAGGCACAGUUCUAUGUGCUUCACGUUGAUUAACUCAUCUAACCCUUAUGACAAUCCCAUGAGGGUAGAUAAUGUAUUAUCCUCAUUUUAGAGGGAAAGAAAGAGACACAACUUGACUCAGGCAGUCUAACACUAGAGUUGCCUCUAGUAGGUAUAAUUAUAUCACAUUUUACAGAUGAGAAAACUGAUGAACCCAAGGUUACAUAACUGGUAAAUUAUUGAGCUGGUAUUUACCAAUCUGAUUCCAAAGCCCAAACUAUCUGCAUGAUGUCCUGUUGACUCCAUUUACUUAUAAAGAAUUGAGGUUGACUGGAAUAUACAGUAGCCAGAAACAGUACUGUUUUAGUGAAUGUGUAAUUCAAGAGUAAGUGAUUGGAAGAUUCUUCAAAAGCUGAUGCAGUUGAUCUUUGAGCAGAGUUAAAUAGUGAAUGUUUUCUGUGGAUAUUGCCCACUGAUUCAGAGGAGUCACCCAUGUGGUUAGGUCUAAUAGUGAGGUACUAUCAAGGCAAAAAUUGAAAGAGUUCCAGUUACCUAUUGCUGGUAACAAAAUUAAAAUUAAGUAAUUUUAAUUACUUAAAGCCAACCAUUUUCUAUAUCUCAUGAUUUUGUGAAUCAGAAAAUUCAGGAAGGGCUUGUCUGGGCAAUUCUGCUCCCUGUGGCAAUGACUCAGAUCACCUGAUGGUAUUCAGCAGGUAAUUAGACAAGUCUUGAGUGUCCAAGAUGAUCUUACUUACAUACCUGACACCUGGGUGGGGGGACUAGCAGGAUGAGCUCAGCAGGGCUCCUCUUUCUCUCCAUGAAGUCUAAGGACUCUCUAUGGGUUCUCUUCAUCAAGGUGGUCAGACUUAUUACAAGGACACCUCAGGCCUCUGAAAGGCUGGGCAGAAGAUGCCAGUCAACUUAAAGGCCAGGCCUAGAACUGUCAUAGAGUCACCACUGUACUCUUCAUCAAAGAACUUAAUGGUAAGAUGACAGCAAGAAUGAGGGGGGAAAAAGAUAAUUCAAUGGUCAGCCCAAAUUUAAGGAGAGAGGAAAUACCCUACCACUUUAUGGAGGGCAUGUCCACAAGUUGGGGCUAUUUCUGAUGUGUUAUGGGGUAGCAUCAGGGUUUUUCUUUUUUUUGGUCUUGACCCUUUGCUAUUUAUCCAUCAGUUGUUUGUGCUGUAGAAACUAUUUAUUAUGUCUACCGUGGGUCACUAAAGGAGCUAGAAGGAGAAUGAGACAAAUACCUGGAGCAUAUUUCCUUAGCUGCCCUCUCCUCACAAGUUUUAUAGCAAAAUUUUCAUUUUGUACCGUGUUCCAAGUUGUGAACAUUCACCUGUUUUUGCUUUGAAGCCACAGUAACUAAAUGCUGAACCAGAAAUACUCUAGAGGGAGUAAAAAGCUUACCGUUUUUUUGUUUUUUUUUUUUUGAGACAGUUUCAUCUGGUCACCUAGGCUGGAAUGCAGGGGUACAGUCACAGCUCACUGCAGCCUCAACCUCCUGGACUCAAGCAAUCCUCCCACCAUAGCCUCCUGAGUAGCUGGGACUACAGAUGUGUGCCACUACUAAUUUUUGUAUAUUUUUAGAGACAGGAUCUCACCAUGUUGCCCAGGCUGGUCUUGAACUCCUGGACUCAAGAGAUCCACCCUCCUUAGCCUCCCAAAGUGCUGGAAUUGCAGGCAUGAGCCAAUGUGCCUGGCCCCAAAAGCUUACUGUUAAAUAAAUUGAUUUAUUAGAGAUAUCAGUUGUAUUUUAAGUUUACAAAUAGGUGAAUACUCAUGUGGUAUGGAAAAGUUACGUGGCUUCUGAAUCUCAACAGGAGUUUCUAUUGGGUGGCUACAUGGAUCAUAUUCUUGAGAUAGUGAAAAGUUUUACUUUCUUAUCUUAAUCCCAUCUGAACCUCUGCUAUACCUCCUUCAGCAUGCUUUUGUGCUAGAAAUGAAUCAGUUCCUUUCAUUCUUAUUACCUAUCAUAGAGGAAAAUUUAUCGCCCCAUUUUAUAUGUUAUCUUUUAAAAUUAGCAAUUGCUACGAGCCUCUCCCAUUGAAAUAACAGAUCAUUGAUGUUUUUUGAUUUUUGGUUAGAUAUGUCAGAUUUAGGAUGCCUUUAUUUAAACUCAUGCUGACUUAUUAGACUGUUCCUGCUCUGAGACGAAAUAUGGACAGAGAAUGAAUUUCAUUCUCCAUAUUGAUGAACCCCAAAUCAAUAAACUUAAGAAAGAUUUGAGAUUAUCCCAUCCAUGUGCAGUGAAUUCUUGGAGCAUUAGCUGUAUGAGGCUUCCUACUGAUCAUCUGCAGUUAUCACAGUAAAGAGAUCUCUGUUCCUAGGUCAGGCCUCAGAAAUGCAAAUAGAGGAAAUAAAGGGUACUCAAUCCUAAAGACUUAAUUUAGGGUACCUACAAAAUCCUAGGAGGGGAAAAAGAAGACUUUGGCAUUUGUAGUUGAAUAACCAGAGAUGGACUGUUUGAGGCUUUUAGGCAUAAAGAUUAAUUAGAUUUUAUCAUAUAAAGAUUAGGGCAAAUUAUUUUUUUUCCCCGGUUCAUUCUUAACAUGUUAAGGGGCAAAUUUUAAUGAAUAAAAAUUUAAAGGCCUUAAAACUUUCUUUUGGAUUCACAUUUCCACUCUAGUAUAAUCUACUUUGGUAUAGCCUACCCUUUAUGACAGAGAAAGCCUUUGAAAAUAUUGUCCCAGGGAAUGAAAAAUCUUAACGAUGAUCUAUGGAAAUAUCUCUCAUUCUCUAUUAUAGCCCUUUGGGCCCUCCUAUAGAUUCUCUGUGAAUCUAAUUUGAAACCAUUUGGUGUUUGCAUGAGGCAUAAUUCUUACUAUUGAUUUAAAUAAUUCGUAAAUGUGGUCUUAAAUUGCAAGAGAGAACAAAGCCUAAAAAAAGGGAACCUUAUAGACUGACCAAAUAUGUAUUAUUUAUUUUCAGCACACAAGUCUAAACCAUUUCAAGCUACUACAACAACCUGAGUGAGCAGAAAUUCCUUAAGGUUUAGAUUUCUGCUUAUAGUCACAUCUUGAAGCAGAUGUUUAUGACAUAUUUGAAGAUGAUCCACUGAGUUUCCUAUAAAGUAAUAGAAUCCUAACUAUAGUGGUUCUUUAAGAACCACUGAAAAAAAGAAUUGCAGUACAGGGAACAAAACUUAAAAUGCGUUUCCUCUGGAAGCCAAGAUGCUAAAACAGGUCACUAAAAGUGUGACUGAAGUCCACCUCUAGAAUAGCUGUCAGUCAGAUAGCAGAAAUAUUUAGAAUGUAUAUGGCAUUUUUAAUAUUUUUACAAAAAUAAUUUUAAAUCAUGUAACUUUAAUUAAAAAAAAGUCUGUUUUCUUUUUGGAAAACUGGCACAAUAAAAAUAACACUAAUAUAAUUCAAUUGUAUAUGCAUGUGCAUUGAAUCCAGAGUGGUAUACUAAAGAUAGUUCAUGCAAAUAACUUGUGGUAAGUUGGGCUAUUUUUUCAUAACUGUAUGUUUAUAAAUAUAUUUACUCAUCCACUGUGACCUUGGUAGCACAGAAGCAUUUUGUUAGCUGUUUCAUUCAUUCUAAAAAUCAAAUUAUUGGCAUAGUAGGCUAUGAGAGCUUUUUGUUACUUUGUAUUUUGGCUAAGAAUAUUAUUUCUUGCACUUUCUAUUUAUAAAGAUAUUAUAACACAAUGCACCCACUUAGUGCAGCUUUUCUUUAGAGAAAAAAGAUGUAGGUGUAAAAGUGAAAUGUAUGUUUUAAAACCUGACAAAAGGAGGGACCUCAAAAAAAUAAAUUUGGCUUGCCAUCUACCUGAAUAGGGUUAGGGAUUAAUAUAAAACUUAGGUUGAAAGUAGCUUUUGGGAUAGGUAUACUGUUGUGAAUUGCAAUAUUGCUGUGAGUUGCCCGCUAUGUAUAUGUAAGUUUUUGUGCAUAUGUGAGAAAAAGGUAUUUCAUGAAGACAUAAAAGUCAGUGUAGAAUAGUCUACCUCCCACUAGACACUGAGCAUAUGCAAGAUUGCUCUGUAGCCCCUUGGGCAGGAAGCUGGAUUCCUCAGCCACUGUCUACCCCAUUCUUUUCUAUACUCACUUCAGCUCCUCUACCUCUGAGCAUUUGGCUGAAGAAAAAGAGUAUAGCUUUCUGUAGCAAGCAAAGGAAAGCCAGACCCAAAAUAUAGAGGCUGCAGUAUCUGAAAUUCUUGUCAUGUUCAGAUAUUAAUGUUUUGUUUUGUUGCCCAAAUCAAACAAUAUCAGAACACUUGGGUUUAGUGGGGUUUUUUUCUCUCUCUCUCCCACAGACUUCUCCCGGUUUAGUGCUUUUUUUUUUUUUUUGAGACGGAGUUUCGCUCGUUACCCAGGCUGGAGUGCAAUGGCGCGAUCUCAGCUCACCGCAACCUCCGCCUCCUGGGUUCAGGCAAUUCUCCUGCCUCAGCCUCCUGAGUAGCUGGGAUUACAGGCACGCGCCACCAUGCCCAUCUAAUUUUUUGUGUUUUUAGUAGAGACGGGGUUUCACCAUGUUGACCUGGAUGGUCUCGAUCUCUUGACCUUGUGAUCCACCUGCCUCGGCCUCCCAAAGUGCUGGGAUUACAGGCUUGAGCCACUGCGCCCGGCCCGGUUUAGUGCUUUUAUCCACUGACUUCUAUUUGGCAGGAGUAGCCAGUGGAGGCCAAGUGUGUUUUUAAAGGCUAAAACACGUAACUCCUUUUAAUGAUGUGAAAUAUUUGUUUGAAUCUCAGCUUCUUUUUUUUUUGAGACAAGAGUUUUGCUCUUGUUGCCUAGGCUAGAGUGCAAUGGCGCGAUCUCGGCUCACUGCAACCUCCACCUCCCUGGUUCAAGUGAUUCUUCUGCCUCAGCCUCUUGAGUAGCAGGGGUUACAGGCAUGUGCUACCACCACACCCAGCUAAUUUUGUAUUUUUAAUAGAGAUAGGGUCUCACCACAUUCAUCAGGCUAGGCUUAAACUCCUGACCUCAGAUGAUCUGCCCGCCUCAGCCUCCCAAAGUACUGGCAUUACAAGCGUGAACCACUGUGCCCAGCCCCAGCUUCUUUUUAAUUGACAUUUGCUGUCCACUUUUGGGACUGACAUAUUAUCCAUAUUUUCCUGAUAAAGAGCCUUCUGCCAAUCAUAUAUGGAGAUAGGCGUGGUGGAUUUUUUUUUUUAAGAGACAGGGUUUCACUCUGUCACCCAGGCUGGAGCGCAGUGGUUCUAUCACAGUUUACUUCAGCCUCAGCCUUCCAAGGUCAAGAGAUCCUCCUGCCUCAGCCUCCCUAGUAGCUGGGACCACAGACAUGUGCCACACCAGCUAAUUUUUUUCUUUUUUUGGUAGAGGUGGAGUCUCCCUAUAUUGUCCAGUCUCAUCUUAAACAUCUGGGCUCAGCUGGAUACGGUUGCUCGUGCCUGUAAUCCCAGCAUUUUGGGAGGCCAAGGUGUGUGGGUCACCUGAGGUCAGGAGUUUGAGACCAGCCUGGCCAACAUGGUGAAACCAAAAAUUAGCUGGGUGUGGUGGCGGGUCCCUGUAAUCCCAGCUACUCCAGAGGAUGAGGCUUGAACUCAGGAGUUGGAGGUUGCAGUGAGCUGAGAUUGCACUGAGCAACAAGAUUAGAUUUCAUCUCAAAAAAAAAAAAAAAAGUCUGGGCUCAAGCGAUCCUACCACCUCAGCCUCCCAAAGUGGGAUUACAGGCACCAGUCACCACACCUGGCCCAUGAAGGAUUUUCAAAUGUCCUCUUUUGCUUUUAAUCUCUCCAAAGAGAGAUAGUCUUGUUUUUAAUGUCAAUGUUAUUAUAAUAGUCAAGAUGGCCUCACCUGAAUGUCGUGUCAGAAAGUUGUUUCACUAGUAAUAUGCCACUAGGCAGACCACCUAAUCUAUAAAUCCAGUUGUAGCACUCAAUUUAUGUUCUGUUUGGUGCACUGAGCCAAGUCAGCUUGCCCACUUUUUGAAUAUUUCUUACAGCUGAGGAGGAACUGUUGGCCCUUUGAUAUCCUAGAAUGCUUUCUACCUUGUGGAAAUGCUUUUCACCCUAAUACACUAAUUAUAUUGUCUAAAUGUCUAAACAGGGAUUCUGUGGUUAGAAGUGAAAUGAGAGAGUGAUCCAUUUUCAGAUUUUUUAGAGGUUGGCUCCCGUAUUUUAGGUACUAGCUGAUAAGUAUUAACUUUCCUGGUGACUUUGGACAGGGGAAGUGGAGAUACACAGAAUGUGAAAUUCCAAAUAAUAAGACAAACAUUACUCACAAAUGACAACUGAUACAGUAAUUUCUGCCCAAUACAGUAAGACUCUUAUCGGGAGAUGAAGUGGUAAAAUUAUUUGAAUCUUUUCACCACGACUAUUUUUUUCUACCUGUAGCAUAGCUCUCUGCCUGUAAGCCAUGUUAAUAUCCUAGACUCGGGAAUUAAUUCCUGCUUAGGAAAUAUUUUCCUUCUGGCUUAUCUUUUGCUUGUGCCCACAGUUUUGUUUUAGGCCUGUCCCCUGAUUUUUUUUGAGACGGAGUUUCGCUCUUAUUACCCAGGCUGGAGUGCAAUGGCGCAAUCUCGGCUCACCGCAACCUCCGCCUCCUGGGUUCAGGCAAUUCUCCUGCCUCAGCCUCCUGAGUAGCUGGGAUUACAGGCACGCGCCACCAUGCCCAGCUAAUUUUUUGUGUUUUUAGUAGAGACGGGGUUUCACCAUGUUGACCAGGAUGGUCUCGAUCUCUUGACCUUGUGAUCCACCCGCCUCGGCCUCCCAAAGUGCUGGGAUUACAGGCCUGAGCCACUGCGCCCGGCCUGUCCCCUGAUUUUUUGCUAUAACACAUACUUAAGGUGCAGCCUUCUUACCUAAAUCAAUAGUUUACUAUUGGUGUUGCUGCCUAUUACAGCCAGUUAUUUAUUUCAAAAGAAAGUGAAAAAAUGCCUAAGUAGGUUCAUGGCAGCAUGUUAAAUCCAUAAAUCUGGAUGGAAGCCAUGGAGUUUUACCUUUUGUUUCUCUGGCUUGGAUGAACACUGGCCUUAUGCUUUCUAUUACAGGACUAGUUGACCUAGUUCUUCAUACUGGUUGCACAUUAGAAUUGCAUAGGACCUUCUCUAGACAUUUAUGUUUUAUUGGUCUGUUGUGCCUGGGCUUUAGGUGAUUUUAAUAUGCAGCCAAGGUUGAAAAUCACUCCCUAUGUAAUCUCUAAUGGUCUUAGGCAGGAUAACCUCAAUCUGCUUCUCUUUGACCUGAAAUUAUCUUUAUUGAUAUUCCAUGCAUGGUCCUCAGUUCAAAGUAUACAGUGGGCCAAGGCUUAGGUAGUAAAACGGAUCAUCCAUUUGUCCUCAGAGUAAUUCUGGAGGGAGAUACUGUCAUUCCAUCCAGUUUCGUCUCUAUACCAAAUACAAAGUACACAUAAGUAAGCAAAACAAAUUUUCAAAGUUCCUUCUCUAGAAUCCUCUUUCUUUUGCAUAUGUAGAUUUCUCAACUAGCAGAAAUAGAGCACUUGAAUUUAUUAAAAGGGCCCAAACUGCCUAAAGCAACUUCUAUUUGUAAAAUAAACAGGUAGCAUUGUUAAUGGAGAAGAGGGAGGAUCCUGCAUGGGUUGAUGGUGAUAUAUUUUGUUAUUUGUCUCUUAGCCUGUCUUCUAAGUGGGAUUUCAGUGUCAGUUGACUUUCACUUUUCUUGUUUUUUUGUGAAUGAAAUGAACUAGCUAAGGCUUAAAUAUUUCUGAAUAAUAUAUGAAAUGUGAAAUCAGUCAUUUUAGAAUCUUUGUUCUGGGAUGUCAGAAACCUAACCAAGUAACUCCCCAAUGAGGUUCCAGAUUCAUUCUUCUCAUCCCAGGUAGUAAAGGUGUUUUAAUGGGUUUGUUACUUGCCCAUGGCAACCUCACACAUGGGAGAAUUGCGUUAUUACCCUAAAAAAGUGAGAACCACUUUCAAACUAGCUACCAAGUGACUUCUGACUCAUGAACAAAAUUUGUAUUUAAGAGCAAGUUCAAAUGUAGCAGUGUCUCUCCUGAGAGUAUUCUGAAUACCACAGAAAGUUUCAUUUAUAUAUUGCCUACAAGUAACUGGUAAUUUGAACUUCAGUAGGUGAUAUGUGUAAGGAGAAAAAGUAGGUCAAGGAGAAAGUUGGUUAGUGCAGAGGACUGAUUUAGCAUCAUGCUGUGAAAUUUCAUUAAAGUAGCACUAAGGCCUGGGCUGUUUGCUUAGCAUGUAAAUGCUUCAGUGUCAGAGAAAAUGCCUCCUAUGCCUUAGAAAAUUUGUUGAAGGCUUCCUGUUUACUGGGUGGACUAAAAAAGCAAUAGCCUUUUAGACUCCAAAGAGAGUAGCCCCUUAGGGUUUUCAUACUGAAGAACUUUGUGGAGUACUGUGAAACAUUGUUGAACUUUAUGCAAAUUAUACUGCACUGGAUUUUAAGAUUUUAUGUGGGGAGAAUAGAGGAGAGUGGGGAAGUAAUGAUAAAGGAUAAAUACAUAAACUUGUACUAUAUUUUAAGCAAGGAAUGAAACAAAUUCUCUAAUAAGAAUUCCCUGUCAGCACUGUGAAGUUUGGGCAAGUUCUUCUGCCUCAUGGGUUGGCUUGCUGAUUUCUCUUAAACCUCUAGGAAAUCCUUUCUGAAACAGCAAAACAAACAUUAGUUUGAAUACAGUUUCACCACCCAGCUCCUUCAACAAAAGAAAAGCAUUCCCAAACUAUAGGCAAAAGAAAUGUGUUCUAUCUCAGUCCAUUAAUUUUUCAUCUGCUGUGAUCGCUGUUCACAGUUUUAGCCCAUAGCAUUAUUCUGUGAUCUGAUAGCAGAACAUAGAUGAAACUGCCACUUUAAUCAGGAACCAAUGGCUUCCUUCCCUUUAAGAAAUGUUUUUUUUUUUUUCUUUUUUUUUUUUUUGAGACAGAGUUUCACUGUUGUUACCCAGACUGGAGUGCAAUGGCAUGAUCUCGGCUCACCGCAACCUCCGCCUCCUGGGUUCAAGCAAUUCUCCUGCCUCAGCCUCCCGAGUAGCUGGGACUACAGGCGUGCACCACCAUGCCCAGCUAAUUUUUGUGUUUUUAGUAGAGACGGGGUUUCAUCUUGUUGACCAAGGUGGUCUUGACUCUUGACCUCGUGAUCCACCCGCCUUGGCCUCCCAAAGUGUUGGGAUUAUAGGCGUGAGCCACUGCACCCGGCCAAGAAAUCUUAAAGUUAGAACUUUUUUUUUUUUUUUUUUGAGACAGGGUCUUCAUCGUUACCCAGGCUGGAGUGCAGUGAUGCAGUUAUAGCUCACUGCAGCCUCCACCUCCUGCACUGUAUCCUCCUGCCUCAGCCUCCUGAGUAGCUGGAGCUACAGGCAUGUACCACCACACUCCCACACCCAGAUAAAUUUUCUGUUUAUUUUUUUUUUUUAGAGACAGAGACUCACUAUAUUGCCUAGAUUGGUCUCAAACUCCUGGGCUCAAGUGAUUCUCCCGCCUAGGCCUCACAAAGUUAUAGGCAUGAGCCACUGUGCUCGGCCUAGAACUCUCUGUUUUUGGCAUUUCAUUCUAAAUGAGUACAUCGUUGGAAGAGCAUUUAGGUUUCUAGGCUCCUCAUAAUUUCCGAAUGGGACCCACUCUGCUCUGCCUCUGAAAGGAGAAGAAAAGGCUUAGGGUUCAAAGUUAGAAAAGUCAAUGUAGCAGAAAUUUGAUUUUCUUCAGAUGGACAUAGUCUGAAAGAAAUCUGUCCAACUAUUCUCUAUGGUGCUUAUAUGAUGGGUGACAGCUGUCCCCAUCUAACUGUCCCUGGCACUGUGCCUUCCCACUGGUCACUGUGAAAAGCAGAUCACACUGGACUCAGAGGCCAGAAUCCAGGACAAGAUCCCCCUUCUCAUCUUGAGCCCAUCACGUUUUUAUAUAGCUGUUAAUGUAGCAUUUACUUCUCUAUGGGAAACUCUUGGGUUUUUAACCCCAGAAGAAAUUGUAAAGCAUUUAAGGAAAACUAGCCAGAAAAUAAGAUUCUGGUAGUAGCGAUCAAAUAACGAUAUCCUAGGAAAAUUUCACUUCCUCUCAGUUGAUAUUGAUUGAUAGCAAGGAUCAACUAUGCCCACCUCUUCCUAAGUUUUUAAAGGCUACCAUAAUAUUUGUAAGCAACAAAUUUAUCUAACUUUUUUUACAACUUGCUAAUCAAGGAAGAUUCAUAUUAAAACAGACAAUCAGUUUCUAAAAUGUUAUCCCUGAAAGGGAAUGAAAUAGAGUAUUUUUAGCUGUCUGUUUUUUCCCUUUAAAAAAAUUAAUGUUUGAGAUUUGUGUCUUUCGUCUGAAGCAGUUACUCCAUUAAUAAUAAAGAUGCCUCAGAAAAGUCAGUGAACCAGGAUAGUGCUCUUGCACCACUGAGGGUGCUAGACUGGCUUUGUGCAUCUUAUUUCCUAAGAACAUCAGUUUUGUUAUGACCUUAAUUAUAAAUACCUAUAUAUAGGAAUAGGAUUUUCUCUCACCCCACCCUACUUUAAUCAUUAUCACUUAAGUGUAAACUACCACCUCCCCCUCUUUCACUUUACUGAAAAAAAAAAAUGCACUUUAAUUCCUAAGGAGAGUGGCUAUUCCUGGCCCUGAAGCCAGAUUACUUCAGGAGGAGACUUAAAGAGGGAGAACUCUUGCCAGACCCUGUAAAAUUAACCAAAUUUCUUAAUGUAAACACACAAGUAAUGUCCAUUUUUAAGCGGCCCCCCACUCCAUGCCAAAGGGAAAAAAACCACCAAAUUGAAAAAGAGUUCUAAAUACCAGCCCUGAUUUUGAAAGGUUCACUGGGGAAAAACUACCUAAGAUGAUUUUUUCUGCCACCAAUUUGUCAGAAACUUUGGUGGUGUUUUGUGGGAGGCUGAAAUUUUUUAAAUUAAAAAUCAAGUGAAAACACAAAGACUCUAAGAUAUGGUCCUGAUUUGUGUCAUUUCUAAGUAUCAGAUUUGUUCUCCCUUCAUCUGACAGGUGUCUCAGUCUCUCCUCCUGUAAGAUUCUGUCCUUCCCCUAAUGACAAGCCAAUAGUUCUUGGUGGGGUUGCAUGUCCCCUAGAGCCCCAGGAGCCCAGUCAUGUCAAGGAAGAGGGGAGGGCAGGAGGGUGGGCAGAGACUCGGGUUGGGAGAGGGAGAUUCAAAGAAAGAGUGAAAAUAUGGGUUUAUAUAAACAUAUUUAAAGCAGUUUAGCAAAAGCUUUCUCGUUGAACAGCUUUAAGAACAAUGUGAAUGAAAUCUUAGCAACUUGGUUAGUAAUCUGAAAAGUCUAUUAAUGUAUACUUGAAAUUGUAUAAAAAUGCAUUUUCCUCUUUAUUUUAACACUGUGUAAAAGAACAUUAUGCAUGUGAGUGGUUUGAGAAUUAAAUGGUUUAAUAC